AUGGGUAUUGACUUACCGGACAUCUCCAUUGUAGUCCAAUGGCGCGCCACAUGUGAUAUGUGCACGCUUUGGCAGUGCUUCAGUCAUGCAGCAUGUGACUUCUCCCUCAAUGCCAUUGCACUGUUUCUGGUGGAGCCCAAGCACUUUGAUGAUACCAAAGCUGAGAAAGUGGCGAGGAAAGAAAAGCGGGAUGGGAAAAGGAAAUCAAGCCUGGCGGCAGCGUUAGGAAAAAGGAAGAGGGAUGACAACGAGGAUGAUGGAAGCCACAGGAUGUCAUUACCACCAAGGGGGUGGCGGAAUGUGGAAAAGAGACCAACACUCGUUAUUUUUUUUUCAGGGUUCUGCCUGACACCCCCCCACCAUUACCUUCCUAAUGAAUCAACUACGCACAGGCGGUUGGCCGUAAACUAA